AUGGAAUACGCGAGUGGUGGCUCAGGAGGAGGACGAGACAAUGAUGCCUCCGAUGCUCAGAGAAGGAAGAAGCGUUACCAUCGUCACACUGCUCACCAGAUUCAGAAACUCGAAUCGAUGUUCAAGGAGUGUCCACACCCAGAUGAGAAGCAGCGGCUGCAGUUGAGUAGAGAGUUGGGUUUGGCUCCUCGCCAGAUCAAGUUUUGGUUCCAAAACCGAAGGACCCAGAUGAAGGCACAACAUGAGAGAGCAGACAAUUGUGGGCUAAGAGCAGAGAACGACAAGAUCAGAUGUGAAAACAUUGCAAUAAGAGAGGCACUUAAGAAUGUUAUCUGCCCUUCUUGUGGAGGACCUCCUAUCAACGAUGACUGUUUUUUUGAUGAACAAAAACUCCGAAUGGAAAAUGCCCAAUUGAAAGAAGAGCUUGACAGGGUUUCUAGUAUUGCUGCAAAGUACAUUGGGAGGCCAAUCUCCCAACUCCCACCAGUCCAACCAAUUCACAUUUCUUCCUUAGACUUAUCAAUGGCAAGCUUUGGAGCUUAUCAUGGCCUUGGAGGCUGCGGUGGUGGCCCGUCCCUUGACCUCGAUCUUCUACCCGGCAGCUCAUCCUCUAUCCCCACAAUGCCAUACCAGCCACCAGGCAUUUCCGACAUGGACAAGUCCCUCAUGACUGACAUCGCGGCAAAUGCCAUGGAUGAGCUGCUCCGGCUUCUCCAGACCAAUGAGCCGCUUUGGAUCAAGUCUGCUGUCGACGGCAGGGAUGUCCUUAACCUCGACAACUAUGAGGGGAUCUUUCCAAGGCCUAAUAGCCACUUGAAGAAUCCAAAUCUCCGAAUUGAGGCCUCGCGAGACGCCGGAGUUGUUAUCAUGAAUGGUUUGGCAUUGGUGGACAUGUUCAUGGAUUCGAACAAAUGGGUAGAGCUAUUUCCCACAAUUGUGUCAAUGGCCAGAACAAUUGAAGUCAUAUCAUCUGGGGUGUUAGGAAGUCAUAGUGGCACUUUGCAGCUAAUGCAUCAAGAAUUGCAAGUGCUCUCUCCUUUGGUACCCACAAGAGAGUUCUACUUCCUCCGCUAUUGUCAACAAAUAGAACAAGGCUUGUGGGCCAUUGUUGAUGUUUCGUAUGAUUUGCCUAGAGACAAUCAAUUUGCUAAUCAAUGCAGAUCUCAUAGGCUUCCUUCCGGGUGCUUGAUUCAGGACAUGCCCAAUGGCUACUCCAGGGUCACUUGGGUUGAACAUGUGGAAAUUGAAGACAAAACUCCAACUCAUAGACUCUAUAGGGACCUUAUUCAUAGUGGUUUGGCAUUUGGAGCAGGAAGAUGGCUUGCCACUCUUCAGAGGAUGUGUGAAAGAUUUGCUUGCCUAAUGGUCUCCGGAGCUUCAACUCGCGAUCUCGGAGGAGUGAUUCCUUCUCCGGAUGGCAAGAAAAGCAUGAUGAAACUUGCGCAAAGAAUGGUCAACAACUUUUGUGCCAGCAUUAGUACGUCCAAUGGCCACCGGUGGACAACUCUUUCCGGUCUAAAUGAGGUUGGAGUCCGAGUAACCGUCCAUAAGAGUAGCGAUCCUGGUCAACCCAACGGUGUUGUUCUUAGUGCAGCCACUACUAUUUGGCUUCCAAUUUCUCCCCAAGAUGUCUUCAAUUUCUUUAAGGAUGAAAGAACGAGAUCCCAGUGGGAUGUUCUCUCCAAUGGCAAUGCAGUUCAAGAAGUAGCCCACAUUGCGAAUGGAUCGCAUCCUGGGAAUUGCAUUUCCGUUCUCCGAGCUUUCAACACUAGCCAGAACAACAUGUUGAUACUCCAAGAGAGCAGCAUAGACGCAUCCGGCUCAGUGGUUGUGUACUGCCCAGUCGACCUUCCGGCCAUCAACAUUGCCAUGAGCGGUGAGGACCCGUCCUAUAUCCCGCUACUUCCCUCAGGCUUCACCAUCUCACCGGAUGGCCGGACCGAGCCAGGAGGCGGAGGGGACGGGGCCUCGACGAGCUCUGCCGCCGUGCCGCCUGGAAAUGCCAUGGGCCGCUCUAGCGGGUCCCUAAUCACGGUGGCGUUCCAAAUACUAGUGAGCAGCCUGCCGUCGGCGAAGCUGAAUUUGGAAUCGGUGACGACGGUUAAUAACCUAAUUGGCACCACCGUCCAGCAAAUUAAGGCUGCAUUGAACUGUACCAAUUCAUGA